AUGCUCCAAGAUGGCGGCCUCCAUGGCGCGGCGCGGCAUCCUCCUGGCUCAGAAAAUAGCUCUGCCUCGGCUCUCCCUGGCAGGUAAAAGAUACCUGCUUUCUGCGGCAUAUGUGGACAGUCACAAAUGGGAUGCAAGAGAAAAAGAAGAUUGUCACCUGGCUGACCUAGCAUCUUUAAUGGAUAAAACAUAUGAGAGAAAGUUGCCUGUUAGUUCUUUAACAAUAUCUCGGUUUGUGGAUGGCAUUUCAUCAAGAGAAGAGAUAGACCAUGCAGAAUAUUAUCUUUACAAAUUUCGACACAGUCCCAACUGCUGGUACCUGAGAGACUGGACUGUCCACUCCUGGAUUAGGCAGUGUCUAAAAUAUGAAGCACAAGACAAAGCCUUAUAUACCCUUAUAAAUAAGGUCCAAUAUGGAAUUUUCCCAGAUAACUUUACAUUUAACUUACUGAUUGAUUAUUUCAUAAAGAAAGAAAAUUACAAAGAUGCUUUAUCUGUGGUUUUCGAGAUCAUGCGGCAAGAAGCCUUUGACGUGCCUUCCACCCAGCUCCUCUCCCUCUAUGUUUUGCACCACUGCCUGGCAAAGAAGACAGACUUCAGCUGGGAAGAGGAGAGGAACUUCGGUGCAGCUCUGUUACUCCCAGGCCUAAAGCAAGAGAAUUCAGUGGGACUCAGUUCCCAGUUAUAUGGCUAUGCACUUCUUGGGAAGGUGGAGUUGCAGCAUGGACUGCGGGCUGUGUACCAUAACAUGCCUCUGCUGUGGCAGCCAGGGUACCUGGACAGAGCCCUGCGAGUGAUGGAGAAGGUGGCCUCUGCCCCAGAAGACGGAAAGUUGUGUAGAGAAGCGCUCGAUGUGCUGGGCGGAGCACUGCAGGCUCUGACUGCCCCGGCCCCUGAGCCUUCAGAAGAGCAGCCCAAAGGAGGUGGCGGCAGCCAGAGCCCAGAAGAGCUGGUAGAACAGCUGGACACGGAGGAGACAGAGCAGUCCAAGCUUCCCCAAUACCUGGAGCGAUUCCAGGCCUUACUUUCUAAGCUUCAAACUAUGGGCAAAGUUGAGUCCAGAAGUCUUUUGACACUGACCACCGAGCUUGUCCGAGAGCAGCUCCCCACCUGUGAAACAGAGGACUUGGCCACUUACGAGCAGAAGCUGCAGCAGUGGCAUCUGGAGCGGGUGCAGUUGAUUCAGAGGGAAAAGGAGCAGAGGAAACAAGCGAAGCAGGAGUACCAGGCUCGAAGAGCUGCAGAGGCAUCUGCCUGACGGCCCCGGCACAGGAUCGCAGUGACUGGUGCACGCCUGUUCCUCCUCCACCUCCUUUUCUCAAAGCUGGACCCUGUGGUUUGGAAGUACUCUAUAUUAUCAAAGCUCUGUGUAUUGGCAAGGCAUCCAGAUGCCAGAGGGCUGUACGGUCAGGAAAGUGGCAAGUGACCUGGCUAAUAAAUAAGGAGCUUGAAGCUUAUGGGGAAGUUCCUGGGUGACAAGGAGCAGUUUUGAACAUUGGCGUUCCGGAGGCCUAGAGAAGAUGGUGGGAGAGACUGUGGUUCAAGAAAAGGGUCUUAAGUACUGAAUGGUGUCUGUUGCCCCAGCAGAGGGAACUAAUGUCUGUGACCCAGUCCUCCUUGGCCUCCCGUUUAGUGCAAGCUCUCACUCUGAGCUGGGUGCCCAAACAGCCUGCUUUCUCCUUCCAUACCUGAAAAGGGGAAAGUUCAGUAUGGGAAUGAAGCAAAGAUCACAGACUCACUGCCUUUCAGAUUUUAGGAGACCAUGGUGGCAUUUUAGAAUGCAGGCCCUCCUGAAGAGAAAACUAUUGCUAGCUCUGAAACCCCCUUGGCGUGGCUUCUCCAUCAUAUUGGGGUUCACUUUUUUCCAAAGCAUUGUCUCAGCUCCUUCGUCAAAUAGAUGAAAUGAGCCUCGUGUGCUCACACAUGCACAAUUCUGGCACACCAUAGGAGAAACUGGAGAAUAUGAGAGAUGAGCAAGGGCUCACCUAUGCAGGAGAAUUGUAAAGCUGUCUGGGGUGGAAAACUCCCUUCUGUAUUUCCCUGUGAAAGGGCUUGGGUUAGCUCUUGCUCACGAUGUAAUUUUGCCUGUAAUUACAGUGGUGUACACUUAUACAGGUUUGUGCUCUUUUAUCAAGCAUCUAUGGAAAUAAACCUUG